UUUCUUUUUUUGUUUUGAUGUUUACUUUCCACUGUUUUUUCUUGCUUCAGUGAAAAAGUUGUCCAGUUAAGAAAGUGCAUUCCGCUAUCCAAAAACUUGGAAUAUUCACAAUCCUGUUUUCAUUGCUGAUAUACUGAAUUAAAGUUUAUGUGCGCAAGAUGGAUAUCCACGCCUGGUUGCCGGUGAUAUUUUGCAGUCUUUCCAUACCACUAUCCCUUUUUAUGUGGCUGGGUAACUUGGCCUUUUCGAAAUUUUGGCACUCUAAUGAAUUCGAAGAGCCCCCUGUGAUACCGCCGACAAGAUGGCUAUUUUCAACUUUGGCGCCCCUGGCGCUUAUGAUGAUUGCGCUACGCAGGAAAUCGGUUAACAAAUCGGGUGCUGUAUUGGGCAUACUCUUCGCAUUCAUCUUAUCCAUAGCAAAUCAUGCAUUCUUCGCAAGCUUGGCGGCAUUCUUUUUCAGCUCUUCGCGUGCGACCAAGUUCCGCGCACAUUUAAAACGGAAAUUUGAAAAGGAUUUUAAAGAGGGCGAAGGCCAACGCAACUGGGUACAGGUUUUAUGCAAUGGCGGAAUGGCUACACAGCUGGCUAUAUUAUAUCUCAUAGAUUGCGGCAGUUGUGAGCGUCCCAUCGACUUUACAAAGGAGUAUCGCUCCAGCUGGUUGGGCGUAGCAGUUAUGAGCGCUUUCGCAUGCUGCAAUGGCGAUACAUGGGCAAGUGAACUGGGCAGUGUAUUAUCUAAAAGCGAACCAUUUCUCAUUACCACACGUCGCCGUGUACCGCGGGGCACUAACGGUGGCGUUUCGUUACAAGGACUUGUCGCUAGUGUCUUGGGUGGUGUGCUAGUAGGUUUCGUUUCCUAUUUAACUGUACGCUACACUGUUGACGCACAUGCAUUACUUACUAGUCCGCCACAGUGGCCUCUUGUCAUAUUCGGUGGCAUUGGUGGAUUGUUUGGCUCGCUGGUGGAUUCAAUACUUGGCGCUACAAUGCAGUACUCGGGCAUCGAUAAGGAAGGCAAAAUUGUUGAGUGUCCCGGUGCGGGCGUGCGUCAAAUCAGCGGUUUGCGCAUACUAGACAAUCAUAGUGUAAACUUAAUUUCGAGUAUUGUAACAGGUGUUACCAUGCCCUUGAUUGCUUUAAAGUUUUGGCCUGUUUGAGGUGGUUGAAAGGAAAUAUUAUCAAGAUCAACCCCAACGAUGCUGAUAUUCGGCAAAAAUGUUUAUCAAGUUUUUUAAUGAAGUAUAAUUAAUUUUAAUGUAUUGUACGGUGCUAAUAUUUUGUUGUUUAAAAUCCUUUAUUAGAGUUUUUUUGCAAAGCAUUCUAAUUCUACUCCAUACAUAUGUAUGUAGAUGUUUGCUGAACAUGUCUACCUACAUAAAUCGCCUACCGACGAAGGAUAAUAAUUACUAAUUAUUUAUUACAAACGUAUUCUGUAGUAAUGAACUUUAUUAAAAACGAAAACACCGAACUGUUUAUAGCGCUCACCGGCUACUCAAAGUAAAAAUGUUAUUCCGAUUCAACAAAAAAA